CCUUUUCUCCACCUUUAUUCCCACAACCAAAAAAACCAACACCACUACACACACACAAAAACACACACACUUAUCCAAAAAUGAUGACGUGGAGAGCCAUCUCAGCACUCGCAACACUCACGGCGGCGCUCAUCUUUUCCACCUCCGAAAGCAGAGGCGUCGCCGGCGGCUCAAAGCAGAGUACGGAGUUCAUCCGAACAUCGUGCUCUGCCACGUCCUACCCCUCCCUCUGCUACACCUCCCUCUCCGCCCACGCCGCCGCCAUCCAGCAAAACCCCAAACUCCUCGCCAACGCCGCCCUCUCCGCCAGCCUUGACACCGCCGCCUCCGCCUCCGCCGACAUGGCCAAGCUCUCCCGCGCUGCCGGCAUGACGCCCCGAGAGGCGGGCGCCAUGCGCGACUGCGUGGAGGAGCUGGCCGACUCGGUCGACCAGAUCAAGAGGUCGAUGGCGGAGAUGGAGCGGAUCACGCCCUCGAAUUUCGAGGCCGUGAUCAGCGACGCACAGACGUGGGUCAGCGCGGCGCUGACGGACGAGGACACGUGCAUGGAAGGGUUCGCCGGGAAGGCGAUGGCCGGCAGCGUGAAGACAGCGGUGAGGGGGAAGAUUGUGAAUGUGGCGCAUAUGACUAGCAAUGCUCUGUCUCUUAUCAAUAGCUACGCUACUCUGCAUUAGGGGUGGUAAAUCAUGCGGGUCGGAUCGUUAUCUUGUCAAGGUCAACAGUGCUAAGUGUUGACCAGAUAACGCAUGCCUAUUUUAGAUUUAAUUGUUGUCUAGUGCAUGCCUAUUUUAGAGUGAAGUUGGAAUAGAAUAGUAUAGUAUAGUAGUACAAUUGUUGUAACUUGUAAGUGUGUGAAUUGUUUAGUUAAUGGAUUCUAGUUAAAAUGAAUGGAUAUUAAAGUUGAAUUUUUGUGUA